AUGGGCGCUCUGGCCCGACGGGGCCGGAAGGUGCAGCCGUUCAAGGCGGGGCCCGACUACAUCGACCCGACCUACCACGGCAUCGCCUGCGGUGUGCCCUCCCGCAACCUGGAUACCUGGCUGUUGCCCCAUCCGGUGGUUACCGAGUUGUUCCACCGGGCCUCGGGCGCGGCGGACAUUGCGGUGGUAGAGGGCGUGAUGGGGGUGUUCGACGGCCACUCGUCGCUGGAUGAGGAUGGUUCCACGGCGGAACUGGCCAAGUUGCUCGAUGCUCCGGUGAUUCUCAUUGCGGACGCCGGCAAGGUGGCCCGCAGCGUGGCGGCGGAAAUUCUCGGAUACCAGAAGUUCGACCCCGACCUGCGCAUCGCCGGCGUCAUUCUGAACGGCGUGGGCAGCGAGCGGCACCUGGAGUUUUGCCAACCGCAGAUUGAGGCGACCACGGGCCUGCCGGUUGUGGGAUGGUUGCCGCGCCGCGACGACCUGGUGCAGCCGGAGCGUCAUUUGGGUCUCAUCCCGACCGUGGAAGGCACGGUGGUCAACGAGUGGUAUGACGCCCUGAACGCUCAGGUCGAGCUGACUAUAGACAUUGACGCCAUUGCGCGCAUUGCCGCCACCGCAGGGCAGUCCGGGACCGGGACCCGCAGCAGCCGACCCGCACGGCGAUUGCGGUGGCGCAGGAUCGGGCCUUUCUCGUUUUACUACCAGGACUCGCUGGACUUGCUGGCCGCCUGGGGCGCCGAGGUAAUACCCUUCUCGCCGCUGGACGAUCGCGCGCUGCCGGCGAAUGUUGGCGGUGUUUACCUGGGCGGCGGGUUCCCGGAGCUGUUUGCCGAAGAGCUGUCGGGUAUGUUUCCAUGCUGCAAUCGAUACGAGACGCCACCGCCAGAGGCGUGCCGGUUUACGCCGAGUGCGGCGGGUUGA